GGAAAUGCCCAGGAGUGUGUGUCACCUGCCCCGACGACUUGUUGAUUCCCUGGAGCGCCGCCUCCCAAGCCUGGAGCUCCCCCACCCCGAGGACCAUCUCGCUCACCUGCCUCCCUUCCCGCCAGGUGUGGCCCCGGGGAGCACCUGAGACGCCCCCGGGACCCCUGGUCCCCUCACUUGCCAGCCAUGAGUAAGUUGGGCAAGUUCUUCAAAGGGGGCGGCUCCUCUAAGAGCCGGGCUGCCCCCAACCCCCAGGAGGCCCUGGCCCGGCUGCGGGAGACCGAAGAGAUGCUGGGCAAGAAGCAAGAGUACCUGGAGAACAGAAUCCAGAGGGAGCUCACCCUGGCCAAGCGGCAUGGCACGCAGAACAAGAGAGCUGCAUUACAGGCACUAAAAAGAAAGAAGAGGUUUGAGAAGCAGCUCACUCAGAUCGAUGGCACACUUUCCACUAUUGAGUUCCAGAGAGAAGCCUUGGAAAACUCACACACCAACACCGAGGUGUUGAAGAACAUGGGCUUUGCAGCCAAAGCAAUGAAAUCAGUUCAUGAAAACAUGGAUCUGAACAAAAUAGAUGACUUGAUGCAGGAGAUCACAGAGCAGCAAGAUAUUGCCCAAGAAAUCUCAGAAGCAUUUUCUCAACGAGUUGGAUUUGAUGAUGGCUUUGAUGAGGAUGAGCUGAUGGCAGAACUUGAAGAAUUGGAGCAGGAGGAAUUAAAUAAGAAGAUGACAAAUAUCCGACUUCCAAAUGUGCCCUCUUCUACCCUUCCAGCACAGCCACAUAGACAGCCAAGUAUGCCCUCCACUGCUCAUCGCUCCCGAGCAGCAUCUUCCAGGAGGACACAAGAAGAUGAUGAUGAUAUCAAGCACUUGGCAGCUUGGGCUACUUAAACUA